AAACAUAUUUAGGGGCCCUAAACCCUUAAGGACAAGAGCCUAGUAACAGUUCAACAGUGAACUGCUCACCCAGUAAAUGUCUGACCUACAGGGACCCUGAACCAGAGGCACAUUAAGGAGUCUCUAAUGCAGCUGCCUCCCUUCAGGAGUAGUGAAGGGACAUGACAUGCCUAUCCGCUGCCCAGUCAGCCUGGCAGUACACGGCUACGCCAGAACUGAGGAUUGUGUUUACACUUACACCUACGUGCACCUUUGACACUGCCCAUCCAAACUCACUCUCCCCUGCGCCCAAAUGGGAGCCUCCAGACCGUUCCUGUCUGAUGCUGACCGCAAGGAUGGCGCUAGGAAGAGAAGGUUCAGCGAAGGGCGAUCGACUGACUGAAGGUUGGGCCUCCAAGCGUCCUGGAACUACAACUCCCAAGAGGUCGUGCGAUGGACGCCAUCUUUUGCCCUGUCUGGCUAAAUUGCCAGCCCCAGAAAGGGCGAUGCUAUUUUAUGUCCUCGGCGCGCGACUGCUGUCGCGGAGUGAUAACGUACGCGCAGAGGCUUGGAGCUGUCAAUCAGAGCCCGGCCAGGUCCCGGCGGAGGCCCGCACAGGGCUGGCGCGGCCAUGGCGGCCGUGUUUGAUCUGGACUUGGAGACAGAAGAAGGCAGCGAGAACGAGGGCGAGCCAGAAUUCAGCCCAGCGGAGGUGUGUCCCCUUGCCGAGUUGAGGGCUGCUGGCUUGGAGCCUGUGGGACACUAUGAGGAGGUGGAGCUGACUGAGACCAGCGUGAACCCCGGCAUGGAGCGCAUCGGGCCCCACUGCUUUGAACUGCUGAGAGUGCUGGGCAAAGGGGGCUAUGGCAAGGUGUUCCAGGUGCGAAAGGUGCAAGGCACUAACUCGGGGAAAAUAUAUGCCAUGAAAGUCCUGAGGAAGGCCAAAAUCGUGCGUAAUGCCAAGGACACAGCACAUACUCGGGCUGAACGGAACAUUCUAGAGUCAGUGAGGCAUCCCUUCAUUGUGGAACUUGCCUAUGCCUUCCAGACAGGUGGCAAACUCUACCUCAUCCUGGAGUGUCUCAGCGGUGGUGAGCUCUUUACACAUCUGGAGCGAGAAGGCAUCUUCCUGGAAGACACAGCCUGCUUCUACCUAGCUGAGAUCACCCUGGCUCUGGGCCAUCUCCACUCCCAAGGCAUCAUUUACCGAGACCUCAAGCCUGAGAACAUCAUGCUCAACAGCCAGGGCCACAUCAAACUCACAGACUUUGGACUGUGCAAGGAGUCCAUUCAUGAGGGCGCUGUCACUCAUACAUUCUGUGGCACCAUUGAGUACAUGGCCCCUGAGAUUCUGGUGCGCAGUGGCCACAACCGGGCGGUGGAUUGGUGGAGCCUGGGGGCCCUGAUGUACGACAUGCUCACUGGAUCGCCACCCUUCACUGCAGAGAACAGGAAGAAGACUAUGGACAAGAUCAUCAAGGGGAAGCUGGUGCUGCCCCCCUACCUCACCCCAGAUGCCCGGGACCUUGUCAAAAAGUUUCUGAAGCGGAAUCCCAGCCAACGGAUUGGGGGUGGCCCAGGGGAUGCUACUGAUGUGCAGAGGCACCCCUUCUUCCGGCACAUCAACUGGGACGAUCUCCUGGCCCGCCGUGUGGAUCCCCCUUUCAGGCCAAGUCUGCAGUCAGAGGAGGAUGUGAGUCAGUUCGACACCCGUUUUACGCGGCAGACACCAGUGGAUAGUCCAGAUGACACAGCCCUCAGUGAGAGUGCCAAUCAGGCCUUCCUAGGCUUCACAUACGUGGCCCCUUCCGUCCUGGACAGCAUCAAAGAGGGCUUCUCCUUCCAGCCCAAGCUGCGCUCCCCACGUCGCCUCAACAGCAGCCCCCGGACCCCAAUCAGCCUGCUCCUGCCUGAGGCCUUUGCACUGGCUCCUUCUCUUUGCCUGGAAUGCUCCACACCUGAGGGCCAUGUGGGUGCCUGCUCACCUCCCGUGAGACCCAAGAUGACCUUGAUUGCUAACUGCUGUUUAUUACAGCAGUCCACUCACCCUGUACUCUCCAGACCCCUAAACCUGCUCUAUAUAUUCUCCACAGCUUACGCUGGAUACGGGUCUACCUGUCUUUUUUGUUGCUUUACCUUACACCUCCACCAGAAUAAGCUGUGGGAAGACAUUUUGGUGGCCAAGGACCUAAAACAAUACCUGGUACAUAAUAGAUGCUCAAGAAAUACAGCCUCCUCCUGAAUGUGUCAAAACUGCCCUCCUGGGGGUAGGAGGGUGGUAAGGGGAGAGAGAAGGGAAGGAAGGGGCCUGAGCAUUUGGCAUCAGUCUUGACUCUUCUGGAGGCUGGGAUGGAGGGAUGUGGAUGAACACAGAACCAACCCCUAAGCCUCUGCUUGGCUGGGUCCCAGGACAGGGGUCCCUGGGGGCCCUCUUCCUCCUAUAGCUAUGGGGCUGCCCCAGCUGCAGAGUUUCCGCUCAGUAACCUGUCGUCCCUGAGGGCCUCAAGCAAGCAGGGCUGAGGCUGGGGGUGGCGGGUGCAGCUGGCAGAGGAAGCCUGCGGUUGGAAAGUCAGGUAGAGCGUGGAGGGGGGGGAGGGGUAUGAGUGCGGCCCUUCCCUCAGCCUCUGGGUCCCAGGAACACAAACAGGAGCCAUGCUGGGGUUCAGCUCAUGAGAUGACCAGGUAGGGUCUACCCCAGGGGCCUCACAGUGGGGCUGGACCUGGAGUGGGGUGCUAGACUCUGAGUUGGACCCAGCUUCUGCCCAGUGAUGCUUUUCCUGGGUCUUGCCUCUCUUUGCCCUGGGUCCUAGUAGGGGAACCCUUCCAUAGCUCCUGGGACCCAGACAUUCCACCCCAACCUCCUGGAACCACCCUGCACUGCUUCAAGAAAGAAGCAGGCACUAACACUCACCAUUGGUCUGCUGGCCUCCUCACAGGGCUCUCACCUCUGGCUCUAGAUGUAUUGAGAAGUGAGCUCUGGGUGCUCAACUGCAGCUAGGGGUUAUCGACCCAACACUUCCGCUUCCUGUCCACAAUACCCCACCCGCACUUGCCUGCUGCAGGACCCUGGUGGGGCUGGGGCCUCUUGGGACCACCCCAUACCACAUCAAAUUCUCCAAGUUUCUCUGGGGGAAGCUGGAGCCACAGGCCUGUAACCAGGCCUCUGAGGAGGGACCAGGCACCCAACUCAAAGCCGGAUGCAGCCUUGGAUGUGUCUUUUUUUUUUCUUUAAGACAGAGUCUCAAUAUGUAGUUCAGGCCGGCCUUGAAUUUACUAUGUAGCUUGAGUGCUAGGAUUACAGGCAUGCACCACCAUGCCCAGCAAUGUCUGUAAGUCUUCUGCCUUUGUUUCUCUGACUUACAGAAUUUAGGGGAGCAAUGUGUGGUUAUUUGGGGACCACAGACGUUUCACAGUCAUGAUUUCCAUGCUCAUCUGUCCCCAGGUUUGCAGACUUCCCUUCCCAAGCCCACUCUUGCAAUGGCAGGUCAAGCCAAGCUUUUAGAAAGAAAAUUUUAUUUGGAAUGAAAAAUAUAGGGUUCAUCCCUGCCAUUUCUUCUGGGGAGGAAGAGAGAGUUGGGUGUGGGAGGGAAAUGGUCCCUCAGAGUCCAAGUGAGCUUGCCUUGGUGUAAAAA